UUACUGGAAUAACAGGAAGCUUUUGCCAAAUUAAAGGUGGAGAUUGAAAGUAAAUGAUGACAUUGAGACGGGGAAGACAAGAUUUCUUGAAGACCCUGCAGAAGAAGUAAGCAGUGAGAUUAUUAUAGGAUUCCUUAACGUGGAAGGCUGGAGACACUUGUUUGGCAGCAGAUCCGGAGUCUCAGGGGAGUCAAGAAAGAAUCACAACUUGUACAAUACAUCUGACUAUGUGACCCUUUAAAUCUGGGAUCAUGGAGCUGCGUCCGUACCCCCGGCUUGUUCCACUGUUCCUGGGAAUUAUUUUAGGGAAUAUCCUGCAGAUUGUUGCUCAUGAAAACCAAGUUUCCUGCAAUAACUUUCAGUAUCUAGAAGAAGAACUCAACAAAUGCUGCGCGCGCUGCCCCCCAGGUCAAUAUCGGAAAGAGAAAUGUACAAUCUCGACAGAAACUGUCUGCCUGCCGUGUGGCAAUAGGACCUACUUGACAAACUGGAACUAUGCCUCUUCCUGCAGAAUAUGCUAUCCUUGCAGCCAGCACCUAGUAGAGAGAGAGCCAUGCUCGGCCAACAAGGCCACAGUCUGUGGCUGUCCAGAUGGGUAUUCCUGUAUCCAGCAUGAUGCAGUGGGCGUAUGUCAGAUCUGUACUCCCGAUGAGCCUCCUGUCUUAAAAGUGCCCGAACCGACUGAAAGUCCACCAGAUAUGAGGAUCAUCUGGAUCAUCAUUGGUGUGGCUCUUUUCUUGGUGACUGCUGUUGUGCUCAUCCUAUGUGUUAAAACAUCACUGUUGAAGAGGUUUGGUCGCAUGAUAAAAAACAGGAGAUCUUCAGAGACGACUCCUCAGCCGGAGACUGUGGUGGCUGUGGUUGUAGCAGUCCAUGGAGGUCCGGAUUCCCCUCUUUUGAAGGAGAUCAAGAUGCCCUUGCAAGAGGAAGGACCAUAUCUGAAUUAUCCUGUUGAAGAAACUGAUGCAACUCAAAUUGGAGAAUUUGCUGUAUCCAAAUAAAGUGAGCAGCGUCAGAUCUGCGGCCGCCAACCUCAAACUCCACGUACCCCCGGGGAUAGGUUAUAGACAUGACUGUUAUAUAUGUGUCCCCCUUCCAACUGGACUUAGCAGGUCUACACUUCCAUUUAUCCAGUGGUCAUCAUUGGAAGUUAUGGAAAACCCAGAAAUUGUAAAAUAAUUGUAUCGGGGGUAUUGUUGGGUUCUUUGUAGGAAACUUCAGCACAGACACAGGUCAUGACUGUUCUUUAUGAACCAAACCAAAAAAUAAAAAAGGACUGUACUGUGACUGGACAUUGCUGACAGGAUCUACUGGUCCAGCUGUAAUAUUUCCUCCGCAAGACAGAGAGUUAGAAAACCUGUGCAACUCCAGCCGUGAGGAGACUACAGCUCCCAUCAUAAGUUACCUAGGUGCUGAAGAUACGCUAAUUGCCAGCAUGAUGCUGCCAUGCUAGUUAUAUUCAGGGAUAGUGUGCUGAUAUGCCUAUGGAUUUUACAUAUAUGUAUAUAUUUAUAUAUGUUGUUGCCUAUAGUAUAAUGAUAGUUUCGAAGACACGACAUGGGGUUCUAGGUUUUCAGCAUUUUACUGGGUGCAUGAAGCACAAACAUCUUGAGGACAUAUCGUGGAUACUAAAAGAACCUAAAGCACAUCUGUCCUGGUCAUGUGUUCACCAUAACUAAGGCGCUCCAGGCUCGAAGAACAGACAUCUGGAGCAUUUUUUGCCCAACAUCAAAUACAACGUCAUAUUUUAGUCCAUUAAGAAUUGCCUCUUUGUACCUGCACGGUCCAGUAGACCAGUGUUGGUAGCGGCCGUAGGAGCAAUCGCCAGAACAUGGAUCUACUUUGGAAAUAUUUUCAAAAACUUUUUCAAUUUCUCUUGAAGAGGUCCUCAAAGUUACGUGACUUGCAGACCCCAUGUGUAGUGGAUGCUGAUGAUCCUCUACAGCUCAGACUGCCGCCUUACACCA